CUGACCGGCUAGCUAUGCUAUUCAUUUAUCUGUUCAUUGUGGGUGAAGUCCAGAGAACAAAGCUCGAUGCCUUUACCCAGGGAGCUUUCUACCAGCAAUGUUUCAGCUCUGUCUGGGACUCUAGGGCCUAAUAUUGUCUCAACUACGUAUGCCGCGGCACCUGACAAUGACAGUCAGCGCCAUGAGAUUGAAAUGGAGUACGCGAUUUCGUCCACGUCGACAAAAAGAACAAUAGCAGGCACAUCAGGUGUAAGCGAACCGACAGUCGCGAUGGAGACCAUGAGCGGGUCGUCAAACAACCCGCGUUCGCUAGAACGCUACUCGAGGCACACCGCUAGAGGCACUAAGACCAACACUAUCGUUGCUCGGGAUGCGUCUCUCCAAUCGAUGAGGCAGGACACGCUGCAGCGUGCUGGAAUACCCGACCUGACCAAGAAUAUGCACAUUUCCAACGAGCUGCUGGGCGAGGGCUCCUUUGCUGACGUCUAUUCAGGACAUUGGGACGGUAUACCAGUGGCUGUAAAAGUUGGAAGGAAUCUAGAAAGCAGGCCAAUCUACGAAAAGAGCAACUGUUGGGACGCGCUUGAGGAGGAAGUGCAGGCAAUGUCCAUGAUUCGGCACCCAUUCAUUGUCCAGUAUUGGGGGACAGUCAUCCUUCCCAGGGCUGUGAUUGCUGGCCUUCAUAUACAGUCAGAAGAUCCGGAGACACUCUACGUGCCGGGCAUUGUCAUGGAAAGGUUAAAGACCACUCUGCAGCGGCGCUAUGCAGUCGCACCGGCGCUGCGGCACGACGAGCAAGUUCAGAUUGCGCGUCACGUUUCCUCCGCACUGAGCUUCUUGCACUGCCGGCACAUAUUGCAUCGUAACGUGGAGCCCAGUAAUAUACUGCUAUCCGCUGUGCCCACCGGUCAAACAUGCGAAUGCAGUGGUGGUAGCGGAGAGCACCACUGCCGAACUUUCUGGGCCGCGAAACUGGGCGACUUUGGAACGAGUAGUUUCAUAGCGAUAGGCGCGCACAGUGCCGAGAUGGCGGCCAGUACUCUCGACGACGUAUACACGGCGCCGGAGGUCAUGUUGAGAACCGAGCGCCGUGGCGAUCGCCCCCGCGCAAUGUACGGCAGCCACGCCGACGUGUACGCGUUGGGUGCCAGCAUGCUGGCCAUGUGCGUCCGAUAUCGUCCGGCCGCACAGCCAUCCUGGGCGGAGCGCUUCAACCGGGAACUGGAAGACCUCGGCCAGCACCCUCUGGCCCGCAUCAUAUCUGACUGUGUGCAUUAUGAGCCAGAUAAAAGAUACACUGCCCGCCACCUGAUGGAGCAACUUAUUAAGCUGGAGGAUGAAAGCAGCCGGCACUCUCACAGCCCACAUGCCAUUGCACAUGGCGGGGUGUUCCGGCAGCUGGCCACUGGUGAACACGGAGCGGGAGAAACCUGGUCGGAUGUCAAUGAACACGUCUCCGAUACGGUCGCCACCCUGGAGCAGAACGUCGAGGAGCUGCAGAGGAAGGUGCUAAGGAGAGAUGGUCAACUGGAAGUGGCUGGAAAACGAUUGAUCAAACCUUUCCUCAAGGCUCAUGUGUCAGUCGUCGGUAAGCUGCCACCACAGGUGAGCCUGGCGUCGGGCACACCCUGCAUACACCAUGGUUACAUCUACCGCAGCGCGCUGUGGAAGGUAGCUGACAGCAGGCAAACCGUCUUGCUCAGGGCGCCCGUAGGGAACCCGUCUCCGGCCAGCUGGGAGCGUUUUCCGCUGCCCGAGCGUGGCAGCGGCACCUGGACGAGUCGCGUUCACACGCACUCGUUUGGCGACUACCUCUACUGCAUCGUCACCAGGUGUGUGGAGAGGACGAGUUCUUCGAGCAUCCAAGCGAGGAAGAGUCCUCGGCCGGAGAUCUGGAGCUUCAACACACAGUGUCAGUCACAAACUAGAUGGCAACUUGUUAUACGGUUCAGGCAUGAGCGCUACAAUUUCGGCUCCGCUCUCAUACGGAACUGGGUUGUGGUGGCCGGUGGCCAUGAGCGUGAAGGGCAACCAACACCGACUCACCAAGCGGCAAAUUCCGUCGAGUGCGUUGAACUGACCUGCGGAGAUGGCCAAGCCAAAGACUGGUUCUCGCUGCCUCUGCUGCCGACCACCGUGAAGCGAGGUUGCCUUGUUGAGUAUGACGACAGUCUUUGCAUUAUCGGCUACGACCGGCCGCAACACUUCAACUGCACGCCGGUAUUCGCCAUUCCUAUAGCGACCAUUCAGACGCUCAGCGAUGCACAACUGGAGCAGGUAACUACAGCUGAUGUGGCAGAAGAAGCUGAAGUGACGCUCAUAGCAAGCGUACAGUGCACAGACUUGCAAACACUCCGUCCACAAACGGAGCAGGCGGCAACAGCUGCAGCAGAAGGAGCUGAGUUACUCUUUUCCAGAGCAUGCACGGAUGGCGCAGCGUCUCAGCCAAUCCCUAUAUCCGAUGAAGAACGCAGCAGUCCGGAGUCCAGUGAAGAAUCAUGGAGGAGCAGCCAGGCUGUGAACGCUAGCGUACUGGACAGUCCCCGUUUAGCGCGCUGUGAAGGCUCAGCAAGUGUCGAACGCGACUUAUCCACUGUGGCACACUCCGUUCAAGUGUCGAUUGGGGAAUCAUACCGCACCGCCCACUAUGUCUCCACUGAAGACCGCAGUAUUCCAGUGCAAUGCGCAGGCUCACCGAGCUUCAAACACGUCGCUCGACACCCCAUUCCUGUGUCGGCCAGCACCAGCCACGACGUAUCCACUGAUGUACACCCCAUGACAGUGUGUAGUGAUGACUCAGCAAGCAUGAACCAUGACGUAACCACUGAUCUACACCCCAUUCCUGUGUGUAGUGACGAGUCAUCCAGCAUGAACCAUGACGUAACCACUGAUCUACACCCCGUUUAUGUGUGUAGUGACGAGUCAGCCAGCAUGAACCAUGACGUAACCACUGAUCUACACCCCAUUCCUGUGUGUAGUGACGAGUCAGCCAGCAUGACCCACGACGCAACCACUGAUCUACACCCCGUUUAUGUGUGUAGUGACGAGUCAGCCAGCAUGAACCAUGACGUAACCACUGAUCUACACCCCAUUCCUGUGUGUAGUGACGAGUCAGCCAGCAUGAACCAUGACGUAACCACUGAUCUACACCACAUUCAUGUGUGUAGUGAUGACUCAGCAAGCAUGACUCACGACGCAACCACUGAUCUACACCCCGUUCAUGUGUGUAGUGACAGCUCAGCAAACACAGGCCACGCCACAACCACUGAAGAACACCCCAUGACAGUGCACCUCGGAAGCUCGACCGGCACGCAUCUCUGCGUGGCCGAAAACGGCCGAGACGAAGAGGAAGAUGCGGAAAGACUUCCAGCUUGUCCCGGCUGGAGUGUUUCCAAGAUCGAACGCGUGCCGUAUCGAGCCUGCUGUCCCAUGGUCAUCAACGAUACCCUUCUCGUAGUGGGAGGUGUAUCCCUGGACGGCGAGAUCGUGGGUGCCGUCAUGGUGUACGAUGCCGUCAACAGUGCCUGGGUGGAGGUGGCAGCACUGCAGUCGCAAUGUUGCUUUGUUAACCUCCUGGCUGUCGACGACGGCAUCUUGUGUUUCGGCGGAUCGGUGCGGGCAGCCAACCGGGGCAGUAGGCAGCUUAUCUGUAGCCACGAUAUUGAGCUGAUUUCUUUUCGGUAGAGGCAUGCAUGCUGAUCAGCAGAAGCUGAGACGCAACAUGCUAUUCCAGUGACAAUGGCGAGAGCCAAAAUCAUGCCGACACCGUUCUAUUCAUCUUGACCUUCAUCUUGAUCAAAUCAACUUUAGACUUGAGCAAUACCAUUUUCAUGAUUCUGUGGAUUGGAGGGCG